UGUAAGCAGCCCUGUCUUCUCUAACCUCUCAGCUCAAAUAUGGGACACUUCAAGACACGAGUAUUGAUCGUCUCCUGCUUAUUGUUUACGUGUUAUGAAGCAGAAAAAUUAAAAACCAGAGGUCUGCGCCAGAAGGAUGUUGACUACAUGGAGAAAUAUUCCAGCUGCCUCCAGGGUCCAGCAGGCACCCCGGGAAGGGACGGAAAUCCAGGAGUGAAUGGAAUUCCAGGUACUCCCGGUCUACCAGGCCGGGAUGGUGCAAAAGGAGAGAAGGGCGAAUGUGUGACGGAGAGGUUUGAAGAGCCGUGGAAAACCAACUACAAGCAAUGUGCCUGGAAAUCUCUCAACUACGGCAUUGACCUGGGCAAAAUUACAGAGUGUACGUUCACUAAGCAGCAUGCAGACAGUGCUCUCCGUGUGCUGUUCAGCGGCUCACUCAGGCUGAAGUGUAAGACAGCUUGUUGCCAGCGCUGGUACUUCACUUUUAAUGGGGCAGAAUGUGCCGCUCCGCUGCCUAUAGAGUCCAUCAUUUACCUGGACCAGGGAAGUCCAGAAUUCAACUCCACCAUCAACAUACACAGAACCACGUCAGUUGAAGGUUUAUGCGAAGGAGUGCGGAAAGGCCUGGUGGAUGUUGCGAUCUGGGUGGGAACCUGCGGAGACUAUCCGCAUGGAGAUGCUUCCACCGGCUGGAAUUCUGUUUCCCGCGUGAUCAUAGAAGAGCUUCCUCUGAGCAGCUGAGUCCAGAAGCUUCCAAGCACUUACUGUCCUAUGACAUUUUUAAACUUUGAGGAUGCUUUGUACUACACUCUUAUAAAGGUUCUUUAAUGGCAUUGAUGGUUCCAUGAAGAACAUUUAACAUUCAUGGGAUCUUUCAAAAUGUCAAUGGCAGCACUAUUUUACAGUUAGUUUUACCGUUUCUGCAGUUCAAAGUGAGCAGCGUGUUAAAACAACGGAUCUUUUACACACCACAAUCUCUCAGGUCGUUUAUGAUGAUCUUUCAGCGUUACUGUAUAUCUUUAUUUAGAACCAAACAUGCUUCUUCAUUCAAACCCUUUUCAGAGACGUAAGAGCUACAGAUGAUGUGGUUUUUUAUUGCCAUCAAUGGUUCCACAAAGAACCUUUACUAUCAAUGGAACCUUUUCAUUCCACAAAAGGUUCUUUAUAGUGGAAAAAGGUUCUUUAGAUUAUUAAAAUGUUCUUCACAUUCAGAAAAAAAAAAAAUUAUUUUAAGAACUGUUCACUUGGGGAACCAAAACUGGUUCUUCUAUGGCGUUGCUGUGAAAACCCCUUUUGGAACCUUUAUUUUUAAGAGUGUACACUAGCAGGAACACAGUGAGCAGCAAAAUAGAUUGAUACUUUUAAUAAAACAUUGCAGAAAAUGAGAAUGGAGAAUGCAGUAAAUAGAUUUAUUUUUAUUAGU